UUUCUGAUCUCUUUUUGAUCUCUUUCUGAUUUUUACCUCGUACACUACUGUCAACAUGAGUGGACUGGACUGCUGUUAAAUUCGUUAGCCCUAUUUAAGCGCCCUUUGCAUAACGGCAAGCACUAAAAACGGUAAGUACUAAAAUGGAGGAACAGAUGUUGGUGAAUAAUUAAGAGAAGUAAAACAGAAAUACAGACCUUAUUAAGAAAAUUUCCAGUGCAUUGGCCGAAGUUUCAUAACAUUAUUAUAUUCUAAUCUGUGAAUACAAUUCUUCUUGACCCAUAUUUUGAUCUCAUUCGCGCUCCAAUUGGUUUUAGAAUAAUUUGAAUUUCCUGUAAAACGUAUUAUCUCAUAUACUUUUCCAUGAGAGGAGGCGGUAGAGGCAAUCCUCAUCCUUGUUUCCUUUUCAAAAAUGAUCUGUGUUUAGCUUAGCUAUAUGACUUUUGUACCCAUCACUUCUAUUCACAGCUCGUGUAAUCCAGCCCCCCCAAAAUAUGAAGACUAACAAUUGUAGAGACAUACUAUAUAGAAAGAAAGCAUGCAGGAUGUAUCUGAUAGAACAAAAGAUCCACGCAUGGAGAUACUGUCAUGCAUGUUGGGGGACAAUUUUCAUUCUUAUGGUUUUUGCAAUCCAUAUGAGAUUCAACAGGGAAUUCAACAUAGACACUGUAAUUUCAGCGUCUGGUAAUACUUGCCAGGGGAGGCGGAUUUACAUGUACGAUUUGCCGGAUAAAUUCAACACUUUGCUGCUGAAAAAUUGCAGUGGGCAGAUCGUUCCGUGGCUGAACUUUUGCCCACAUGCUCAAAACGACGGCUUUGGCAGCGCAAUAGCUAAUCACAGUGGGUGGUACGCUUCGGAUUUGUAUAUGGUGGAGCUGGUUUUUCACAGGCGGAUGAUGGAAUACCCAUGCCUGGUGGAUUCCAUGGAGUCGGCAGAUGCGUUUUAUGUGCCAUAUUAUAGCGGCCUGGAUGCGUUGCGGUUUCUCUAUGGGCCUGAGAAGGGACGGAGGAGCGAGCAUGGAGUGGAGCUCGUGGAUUGGCUGGAGGAUAAGGGCGGGUGGAGGUGGAGGAGAAAGGGGGGAGCGGACCAUUUUAUUGUAACGGGUCGGACUGCGUGGGAUCUGUGUGAGGCCAGGCGUGGGUGGGGCACGGGUCUGUUGGAGCUCGAUGCAUUGGAGAAUGUAACGGUUCUUUGCGUUGAGGGGAGAACGUGGGUCACCCGAGAACAGGCCGUCCCGUACCUGACGUCGUUUCAUCCGGGCUCAGUUCAGGAGGUGGGGAGAUGGACGGGCCGGGUCGGGUCGGCGGAGAGGAAUUUUUUGUUUGCUUUUGUCGGUGGGGAGCGGAAAGAUGUGGGGUUGAGGCAGGCGAUCAUAUGGCAUUGUAGGAAUUCGUCGAGGUGUGAUUUUUUGAACUGUGGGGAGAUCAAGUGCAGUCACAGGCCGAGGGCGGUGAUGGAGAAGUUGUUGAAGGCGGAGUUUUGUUUGCAGCCUCCGGGUGACUCGCCCACCCGACGGUCCACAUUCGAUGGAUUGAUUGCCGGGUGUAUUCCGGUUUUUUUCAGGAAUGAUUCUGCUUACCAGCAGUAUACGUGGCAUCUUCCUAGGGAUGCGAAUUCGUAUUCUGUGUUUAUACCUCAAGAAAGGGUUGUUCAUGGGGGGAUGCGGAUUGAGGAUGUGCUGGGUGAGUAUUCGGUGGAGAGGAGGAGGGAAAUGAGAGAGAAUAUUGUGGGGAUUAUUCCGCAGUUGAUUUACAUGAACAGUGGAGCUUCUUACGGUGUUGUGAAGGAUGCUUUUGAUGUGAGUUUAGAGGGCGUUCUUCGUAGGGCUGAGCAAGCCAGUAUAAUUCCAUAACUUCAAUUUAACUGGUACUAUGCACGGGCUAUUCUUUUGUUUGCUGUAUCAAUUUUUUUUAGGGUUAGUAAAUAAAGAAAUAGAAAUAGAGUCAAUUGAUUGUCAAAAUCAAGAGCACCGACAGGAUAAGAUCUGUGCAUUGAUAGUUACACUUGUAUAACAAUACCAGAAUGUGUGGAGCACCACCAUGUAUGGCUGCUGAAUUGCUUAUUGGAAUUUGAUAGUCUUUCCGCCAUU